AUGCGGUCACCGAUUCCCUGGGGUAGGAAUGUGUGCUGCGCGGGAUACCGCGCGGAGAUUGCGGCCGCACCACUCGCCACCGACAACCUCAAGACAUUUGGUCUCUGCUUGCUCAAUGUUUCUUCUUUGUACUUGUCCAAGAUGAACGAUACGUCAUCGAAGGCCCAUCAGACCUGUGGUCCUUGUAAAAAACAUAAGCGCAAGUGCGACAAAAAUUUGCCCGAAUGCAGUCUUUGUGUUCGGACAGGCCGCACCUGCGAUUAUGAUCAUAGCCCCAAACCACCCCCAACCGCCGACGAAUUCGUAGCCCUCCAAUCCAGGAUUGCAGAGCUUGAAGAUCGUCUUAGUAGUACUAGUCGAAUCUCUUCGUCGGCUAGCAUUACAUCCGACUCUCACAACUCGACAUGGCCCAACCAGAUACAGCGGGACGACCGAUUUCCCUCCGCACUAUUCCUGGAUGCCGACUGUUAUCAGUGGGCCGGGAUGCGGCGUUCGAGACCAACAAUUAACAUACCACUAGAAGUCCUCGCCAUCCUCAACGAUGGGGGCGGUAUUUUGGAGAGUUCGACAAUCUAUUUUGAAACUAUCCAUUGUUGGAUGCCAAUAAUUUCUAGGAAAAGGAUCGAUUUGGGCAUUCCUUUCCAGGAUGGUGGCCCCGAUCUUGCAAUGCUUUUCCUUGCAAUGAAGUUGGCCACUGCUCAUACCUCUUCUUCAACAGAGCUCGCCAACAGCAACUCGCUGUACGUAACCACAAAAGCGUUUCUGGCGACCCUCGAGGCAAACAGUGUAGUGUCACUUCGCUGCCUUCAGGCCAUGGUUUUGGUGGCCCUCUACGAAUACAGCCAUUCUAUCUACCCUGCCGCGUGGAUGACAGUUGGCGCUUGCUCCCGUUACGCCGACAUGCUGGAACUUACAUCUGCUGGGAAAACUUCGAGAACUCUGAGCCCUUAUACAACCUGGACCGAAGUUGAAGAGCGAAGACGCGUUUGGUGGGCGAUAUUUAUCCUCGAUCGGAUUAUCUCGCUCGGUAGUAGGAGAAGAUUCUCCCUCUCGGAGCCGACAGACUCUGAUACUUUGCCAGUGAAUGAUUCCGCAUGGAAUUCCGGCGAUGUGACGCGCGCACUAAAUAGCGCCGUCUCCACCCCCUACUCUGUUGCUCAGUCUCCAUUCGCCCGCUUGUGUCAAAGUGCUCUUUGUAUAAGCCGAGCUGCGGAAUCACUGGACGAAAGUCUAUCGCUCUAUCACCAUCCGGACAAAUUCUUGGAUUUUCUCGCUCCUCGCUGCCUGACCUGGUCCGCACUCUUCAUGCAUCUAGACAACCUCUGUUGUCCGGAAAAGUUACGAGAUGAACCCGGCUAUAAUCUUGCUGGAGAUGCUAAAACCUCGGAAGAGCAGCUCCUCCAGGUCCAGGCGACUGUCAUUGUGAAGAGCAUAAGUGACCAAGUGCAUAAUGCAGCAUUAAGUAUUAUAGGGUUUCUAGAGGCUAGUCCGCAAUACGGAACUCAUCUUGGGAAGGUCAGCCCAUUUGUGCUUGACGCAAUUUACUGUGCGAUGGCGACAUAUCAUUGGGUGCUCCGGGAAUCUGGGGAUGAAGCAAUCAGAUCAAGCCUAGGAGAUAUAAAAGAGUGUAUGGGGAAGCUGGGGGACCGGUGGCAGCUGUCGCUAGAGUAUCUUUCCCUUGAGGAAGUCUAUAGCCGCGCGACGGUAGAUUAUAGCUUUAUGGGCGACCAGACACUAUAA